GAGUCAAACAGCAAGGAUCUGUUAGAUUCUUUUCCUAAUCGCAAAAGGUUAGUAUUUUCCUAAUACUAUUGGCAAAAGAAACGUUUUUCCCUAAUGCUGAUAAGAAUGGGCCGGGGGUCUUAUUUUUAUGAUAACAGAGGCGGACACAGAGCUAACUAGAGACAGACCGACCGAGAGCCACUGCUGCAGCAUUGAGUAUUUACUUUAGCCAGAUGGAGGUGAUCAUUGAUACUCUGGUAAUUUGCGGUUGCUUAGUGUUUGGUGGUAGUGUGAUCAAAAGAGUACUCUGUAGCAGACCCAGACCCAGACCCUGGGAGACAUUACCUGACGAUGUCAUGGAGAUGGUUGUGCGGCACCUGAGUGUACGUGAUCGUAUACGAUUAAGCAGUGUUUGCAAGUCUUGGAACACCGUUCCUAUGCGCAGAGAUAUCCCUAGUGCUCCACAUCAACUCCCCUGGUUAAUACUUCCUCAAUGUUGCCAUAAGAGCUUGAGCUUUUUCGACCUCUAUGACGGCAAAGUUGGCAAGUUGGACCUGCCUGAACCAGUUCAAGGAGGGUGGUUUCAAGGAUCUUCUAAAGGUUGGAUGAUCAUGGUCAUGGAAAAAGAUCUAGAUUCUACAAUGUUUCUAGUAAAUCCCAUUUCAGGAGCCCAACACCAACUUCCAUCUUUGAGCACGGUUCCAUCUUUCCAAAAUUUUGUAGAAACGAGCAGAUGGAAACGCUAUGGUGCCUCCCGUUUCAGCUAUUACCUUGUGUUGUUCACCUCGGAUAUCACUUCAGAGCAAUGUAUGAUAGCAGCUAUGUUUGGAGACGCUGAAACAUUGUGUUUGUGCAGACCUGGAGACACGAGUUGGAGUAUUUGCGAGGUGGCCUUAGAUGCGAAUGAGGUCAUGAUUACGGAUUUAUUGUUUUCUUCUGGCAAGCUAUAUGCCUUGGUUCUUAGUCAUGAUCAGGAAGGCUUUAUGUCAGCUCCUAAUACUUUAAGUUGUGGAGGUCAUAUAUGCAGUGGAAUUAUAUCUGGUCUAUGA